GCUGCUGCUGGCAUUAUGUGUGCUGCUGAUUGCCUGCGCGUGGAGCCAGCCAUCCUGCUUCCAGUGGCAACGCCCCAGCAGUUGGAGCAGCAGCAACAACAGCCGGAGCGACAGCCACAGACAAUCGAUCGCCAACUCCUGCUCAUCGAGAACAAUGUGAAAGCGGAGGAUGCGCAGAACUACCAGAUCACGAUACCGAGGAAGGCCAAGGCGGGGGAACCCUGUCUAACCAUCACCUGGAAGACCAACCCGGAUGGCAGCGGACCAGACUAUCCGCGAAUCUACAUGGCUGACGGCUACUUCAGGAUAGUGCCACCCUCAAUGCCCACAGAGCAACCGCAAUAAACGGAUAGAUUCUG